AUGCCGGGUGCCCGCCGGACCAUCGUCGCGUCUCUAUUUCUCGUCUUCCUCCUCCUGAAUCUGCACUACCUCCGGCACCAGCGACCCAAAUGCCAGCAUAGCACACUCCACGACCAACGCUCCCAGCUCUGGCAACAGCUUCACCCCCUGCUGGCCCGAUACGCACCGCAGUGCCCAGCACCGAUCCUCCGCGGCAGCGCCGGCGCCGUCCGCUUCGACAGCGUCACCCCCAUCCCUCGCGAAGACUACAUCGAGAAUCGCAACGAGAUCGAGCUCCCGAUGCAGACAGCGCACGACGGCUUCGUGCAAAGCCUGCACACCCUCAAUUCCCCGCGCGCCUUCAUCUCAGGGACAAAAGGCAUCGUCACCGCCGCAGGAGGCACAUACCUACCGACGCUAGUCGUAACCCUCCACCUCCUCCGCCGCACCAACUCAACCCUCCCCGUCGAAGUCUUCUUGCAAGAUGACAGCGAAUACGAAGCAGAAAUCUGCGAGCGCGUCCUCCCAGCCCUCAACGCCAACUGCAUCCUCCUCUCCUCCAUCACAAACACAAACACAACGAGGAUAAAAGGCUACCAACUCAAAGCCUUCGCAAUCCUCUUCUCCACCUUCGAGACCCUCCUCUGGCUCGACGCAGACAACAUCCCCCUCCACGACCCAGCUCUCCUCCUCACCUCCGCCCCAUUCACAACAACAGGCCUAGUCACAUGGCCAGACUUCUGGACCAACACCGCCGCAGGCAUCUACUUCACGAUCUCCCGCCAACCCACCCCUGAAUCCACCUCACGCGCGUCCACAGAAGCAGGGACCCUUCUCCUCUCUAAGCGCACGCACCUCCCCACCCUCCUGCUAGCAGCAUACUACAACUUCCACGGCCCGGAAUACUACUACCCGCUCCUGAACCAAGGUGCCCCCGGCGCCGGAGACAAGGAUACCUUCCUGCACGCCGCGACGGCUCUGGACUUGCCGUUCUAUGCGGUGCGCACUCCGCCGGUAGAUAUCGGGCGGAUGAAUACCGCUGCGAAAGCGACGGCCGCGCUGAAUGCGGGGUUUGUUCAGGUUGAUCCGGGAGAGGAUUUUGCUGUUCAUCGGAUGGGACCGGAUGGUCGAAAGGGAGCAGGGCUCGGGCUGACACCCCGCGCAUUCUUCAUCCACGCCGGUGCGCCGGAGUUUAAUCCCGGGAAGGAGCUGCUCGGGAGGAAGUUGAGGGGUCUGGAUGGGCGCCCGGCUAGGCUGUGGACUUAUCCGCCGAUGGCGCUGGAGAGCAUCGGGUUUGAUGCUGAGAGGGUCGUCUGGGAGGAGACGGUUAGUGUGGCGUGUGCGUAUGAGGGGUUGUUUGUGUCGUGGAGGAAUAACACUGGGUUGUGUGAGGGGGUGCGCGCGCAUUGGAGGGCGGUUUUUAAGGGGGAUGAUGUGGUUGUUGGCGGUUAG